AUGAACUAUUUUAUUAGAGAUCGUUCAGAGGAAGAUACCCGCACCUUUACAAUAACGAUUACUCCUCACUUUGACGCCGAAGGCGCACAUCCCCUAUCCAUGCAGCAAAUCCUCUCUAACCCAAGCUGCGCAGCCCACCAACCUCUUUUCAUUUUUGAGACAAAAUUCGGAAAUCUCCCCGCUCAUCCAUUCCCCGAGAACAUGGUAGGGGCAUAUGACGAAGCCAGUGACUCCCCAGACGAAGAAUCGCGCGUGAACCGCAAUACCGCCGGAGAUGUCACUUUGCAAUUUCACCGCCCACGCGUCGACAUGCGUCGUGAUCAAGGCGGCGUCUGUUCCGACGGAAGAUGGCUCCUACCACGACCGGCAGUCGAACGUGAGGAUUGCAAUAUCGUCGAGUGGGAUCUCGCACAGGCUCCGGAAGGAACGCGCGCCGUAUGGUCGUACGGCGAGGGCCCUGGACCGGUGACCAAGGAAGGGAAACUGGAUGUCGUUUCGAAUUCGGUCUUUAUGGUUGGGCCGAUAAACAAAUUGCCGGAGAAUUUACAGCGGCUGAAUCAGUAUAAUCUUUCGUUGUUUCCGAAAUUGGCUGGUGUGUUCCAGCGGAAAGAUGCUUCGUACCGCGCGUUUCUUCGGAAUACUGUUAGAGGGUUUGGUGGAAGCUUGUGUCUAGAGAGUUAUGUGCUUGAAUAUGACGGGAUGGGUUGGAAGGAGACGGAUGAGGAUUUGGUUUCUCUUUUUUCUCAUGAGAUGAUACAUAGCUUCUCCCUUAUGAAUCCGGAGGCGGCUGGGUAUGAUAAUGGAUGGUAUAUUGAAGGGGUUGCUGAGUUUUACUCGAUAUUCCUUCCUUAUCGAUUCGGUCUUCGCGGAUUAGAUUUUCUGCGGAACAGACUACACACAGUCUUGCUCGAAUAUGGAACAAGCCCGCGAAUUGAGAUGGAUGCAAUUGAUGCUCAGCACGAGUUUCUACAAUGCCUGAUUGAUAGUUUUCUGAGGAGGGUGACUGGUCAAUUUGGAUUCGACCAGAAUAGCCCUUUGGAUGACAUAAUUGUCGAUAUGGGCAAACGCUUGCAUCGUGGGAAGCAGGUUUGGGCAAGCGACUGGUUGGAGUAUUUGCGUGCAUUCCUAGGAGAAGAUAUGGAUGUCUCUGAGGAUUUUUGGAGUCUGCUGAGAGGUCAGGUGCGAGAUCUGCGCGCUGUAGUGGCAAUAAACAAAUACUGGUCUUUGUCGUCAUCGAUGCAGGAGAUUCUAGAAACUGGCUUUGACAAGUCGAGCAACAGUACACGCAUAGUUGCUGGAGUUCUGGAGGAUGGAGAUCACAUUGCGACUUCGUCGCGUAUAGGUCUAUGUGAUUCAUCUCUAUCCGCGUACUAUGAGCUGGUGAUUGAGCGGGCUGGUGAGAGAAUCCAGAUCUCCUACUGA